UUAUAUUAACAUAAAAUAUGAUUUGAUUAACUCUAUCUUUGAAUUUCUCUAAUAAUUAAAUGCGGAGUCUCUCAAUUAAAUGCUAGAAUAGUAGCUGUUUUACCGAGUCAUUUCCAUGUCAACUACAGGGGGCUAUGUCUAGCAUCCUCCGCCGCACCUUCUCAUCAUCUGCUCAACUUGCCACCAGUACUGCCACCAUCUCUACAAAAUCACCAACUACUGUCCUCUACGAAGAGCGCAACUUGAAGCGCCUCGUACAGAAGUUCAAAAAAUUCUGUGAAAACAACCGCUUCCGGACCAAUAACGGCAUUUAUGAAGGAGUUGUUAGCCGCCUCGCCGCUGCCAAACGCUUUCAUUGGAUCGAGGAGAUCCUCGACGACCAAAAGAAGUAUGAUGAUAUAUCUAAAGAAGGCUUUAAUGCCCGUUUGAUUUUGCUGUACGGGAAAUCAGGCAUGUUCGAUAAUGCCUACAACGUGUUCGAUGAAAUGCCCGAGAGAAAUUGCAAGAGGACGGUACUAUCCUUCAAUGCGCUGCUGGCAGCAUGUGUCAACUCUAAGAAAUAUGACAAGGUUAAUGAGUUGUUUAGGAAUUUGCCACAGAAGUUGGAGAUCCAACCAGAUUUAGUCUCAUACAAUACAGUUAUUAAGGCAUUUUGUGAGAUGGGUUCGUUGGAUUCAGGGAUUUCUUUACUUAUUGAGAUUGAGAUGAAAGGUGUGCAGCCUGAUUUGAUUACGUUUAAUACACUUUUAAAUGGGUUUUAUGCAAAUGGGCGAUUUGUAGAUGGCGAGAGGUUAUGGAGUCAAAUGGUGCAGAAAAAUAUAUGUCCUGAUAUAUGGAGUUACAAUGCAAAGUUGCUUGGAUUUGCAUUGGAGAAGAGAACAAAAGAUGCAGUUGAGUUAGUUGAAGAAAUGAAGGAUAAGGGGAUUAAACCUAGUACUAUUAGUUUCAAUGCUUUGAUUAAAGGGUUUGUUAAAGAGAAGAAUUUGGAAGAAGCUAAGCGUUGGUACUGUGAAAUAGGGAAUAGUGAUUGUAAGCCAGAUAAAUUCACAUUUGCAACAUUGAUUCCUUUUGUAUGUGAGAAGGAUGAUUUGGGGUUUGCUUUUGAGCUUUCGAAAGUUAUCAUCAGCAGGAAGCUUUUUGUUGACAAGGCAUUGUUACAGCGUGUUGUAGAUGGAUUGUUGAAGGAGUCGAAGAUUCAGGAGGCGAAGGAACUUGCGCAGCUUGGGAACGACAAUAGUUACUGUCGUUAUAAGUUGAUGCUGCCCACUAAGGUGUGCGGUUCCGGUUUGAAUUCAGAAGAUAUCCAAGAAUUGGAAUCAAGCUGAAUUUUUGCUUAUCAUAGAUGUGGACAAAUGGCGUGCUGCUUUUAUCAAUGUGAUUAUGUGGACUUUGUGGACAUCCAGGAAUCUUCUUUUGUGGCAAGAUAUUUAUUAUUCAUCUCAUGAUGUUAUUUCCUUAGCCCAACAUAUGGGAGUCUGCAAACUCUCGAUCUCCUAGCUUUGUUCCAUCUGUGUGUCAGUAAGAGGUGUUGGGUCAAAUGGAAGUUUCCGGAAGCAGGGAAAUCAAAGUGUAAUAUAGACGCUGCUUGCUUUAACUUGGAAAACUUGUCAAGGUUUGGUUCUGUUCUUUGUAAUGAUGAAGCUGGCUUUGUUUGUGCCAUCUCAGGUUUUGCUCAUGGUCAUCACAUUCCAUGAGUAGCUGAGGCAUUAAGUUUCCGCGACACUCUAAUUUGGAUGCGAGAUUAGUUUCCUUCCAAUGUAGAGUUUGAGCUGGAUUCUCUUGAAGUUGUGUAGGCUAUUCAAUCAUAAGAGGAGGAUUGCUAAGAAUUUGUUGCCGUGGUGAGGGAUUGCAAGGCUCCGCCGUCUCAAGGUGAAGGGUAUCCCUUAACUUGGAUUAAAAGGGAAGCAAACAAGGUGGCUCAUUGUUUAGCUAGGGCGUCUUGUUCUUACGCUUCUUUUCUUCUUUUGCUGUUUGGGAUCAUGUCCUCAAUUUCUUAUUUUCGUUGUUAAGUGCCAAUGUCUCUUUUCCAAGUUUUUUUUUCAUAACUUUCAUGGUCCUAAAUUGGAUGUGUUAGGAUGAUUUGUCA